AUGUUCAUCCAUGAUCUGAGAAAUGAUCCUUUGCUGAAGCCGAUCGAAAUGCAGAACAGAAUUCACGAGCGUUACAAUAUGGCUCCUUCACAUGAUCAAUGCAGGAAAGCGAAAAAGAAAGCGCUGGAGCUCAUAGAAGAAGAAUUCAAUGAACAAUAUGCAAGGAUGAAAGAUUAUAGAGAUGAGCUUAAAGCGAGAAACCCUCACUCAACAGUGGAAGUUAGGACAAAGAUUAACGAAAAAGGGACUGAAGUUUUUUAUAGCUUUUACAUGUGCUUUCGGCUCUUGGCAGCUGUUGGGAGAGAUGCAAACAACCAAAUAUACCCUUUUGCUUGGGCAGUUGUUCAAGUGGAGAACACCGAGAGUUGGCUGUGGUUCAUUCGUCAUCUGAAGAAUGACUUAGGCCUUGGAAAUGGUGAUGGAUUCACUGUCAUUUCAGAUAGGCAGAAGGGGUUACUCAAUGCUGUUAAUGAAGUAUUACCAGAGAUUGAGCAUCGAAUGUGUGCUAGACAUAUAUAUGGGAACAUGAAGAAGGCCCACCCUAAGAAGCCUCGGAUGAAAAGCUUGUUCUGGAGUGUAGUAGAGAGUUUCAAUGAUGGUGACUAUGAGAGAAAUUUGGCCGAGAUGAAGAAAUAUGAUGUUGAGGUCUAUGAGGCAUUCAUGUGUAGGAGGAAUCCGACAAACUGCAGCCGAGCUUUCUUCAAGACUCAGUCAUGCUGUGGCGGCUUAGUCACUGCCGUUAACGGGAUGACGAGGUUGACUAAUGGGAUGUUGGUCAAACGUUGA